GUCGUGCUGGGGUUGAUGGGAACACGGACAGGUGAGAGGACUGACAUUUGCGAGGACAACGACGACUGCAGUAUGUUGCUUGCAGCUAUUGUUCUCUGUCUGGUUCCUUUGGCAACCUGCCGUUGCCAUGGUUCCCACACUUACCACGCGACUGGAACGGGGUACUACCCAGCGGAUGAUCCGAUAGAGGGCGGCUUUCUGGACAUGCGUGGUCACAAACUUCAUACUUUACAGGAUUUUCUAGAAGGACAUGCCUCCUACGUGAGUGUUGCUAUGGACAACAGGGCAGGGAUAGCAUAUGGUACCCGGAUCUGCAUACCCGAGAUGGACGCAAAGUAUAACAGACACAUUGUGUUUGAGGUUGUUGACACAGGGAGUGCGUUCUACGGUAAAGGUCACAGUCGAAUAGACAUCUGUGUUAGAAACCGAGCGCUCUCCUAUGACGACACCAUCAAUGGACGACUUACCUUGGUCUUCCCUUGAACUUCUCUGACGUCACAAUCAGGGGGACCAUUCAACUUGGGGUUUUCCUGAUACACUACAGAAACGCUAAUCUGUACAAAAUACGGAAUUCGACUGCUAAUACUAAAAAAAAACAACUAAAAAAAAAAAAAGAUAAUAAAUCAAUCGAAUUUGAA